AUGGCCUCAGAAUACGUCGCAACGGAGUUGGCAAUUUCAGUUGGGAUCGAUAUGGUGGACUCUUCUUCUCCGGAGGACCGCGCACGCCAAGCGGUGAAGUGGUUGCAGCUGAGGCUGAAUGAUGAAGCAGCGCUAGCCCCUAUUCUACUUGUUGUGCCUUUUACUCCAAUGACGGCUAAGAAACUCUUGAAUAAAGACUCCACAUUGCUUGGCAACUCUCAGCAAGAGCUGUUGUCACGUGGAGUUGGUGGGAGAAGGCAUGAAAAUAAUGAAUUGGGGGAGGGAGAUUGGUUAAUUUCCAUGCACAAGAAGCUAGUAGGGUGUUGCGCGUUGGGAUCUAAAGGAGACCUGGAGGAGCUUAAUGUGAUCGUCUUGGAAGUGAUGUUUAAGUGUCAAAUUAUGGGCGUGAAAAGGAAGGAGGUUGAUAGCCAUGGUAGUGAUGAUACGCGUUAUGUUGUUGGAUAA